UGGCACCCCUGGUUUAGAAUGUUGACAUGAGCCACCUCAUCGCUUUGGCAUAAGUCCACCUGUUUCAUGAAUUUUCUUAAUACUUUUCAUUUAAUUCCAGUGCAGUUUAAGAAAACGGUUAAAAAAAGGACCCUAUAAUGAACCUGUGGUGUAAAUUGUGCGUACUUUCCCUUUUCCUCGUCAGUGCAGAAUGUAUUAUGUGGACACUAAAACCCAACACACAAAAAUGUUUAAAAGAGGAACUGCAAGGAAACGUGCCGGUUAUCGGCGAAUUUGAGGUUUCCGAAGCAAUGGGCCAAAAAGUGGACUGUGUCGUUAGGGACUCCAAGGGUCACAUUUUGUACCAGAGAGACGACAUAAAUAAGGGGAAAUUCACGUUCAACACGGAGAGCUAUGACACGUACGAGAUUUGCUUCAUUUCGCGCGUUUCGCAAAAUGUAAGAGGGAUUGGUCAAGAUGUGUCUUUGAGAACAAAACAUGGAGUUGAGACUAAAAAUUAUGAAGUGCUGGGAGAAGCCGCUCAACUCAAACCAAUUGAAAAAGAAUUAAAAAGAUUAGAGGAUUUAUCUAAUGAAAUAGUACAAGAUUUUGCCCUGAUGAGAAAGAGAGAAGAAGAGAUGAGAGAUACAAAUGAGUCUACUAAUAGUAGAGUACUAUACUUUUCAGUGUUUUCCAUGUGCUGUUUACUGGGGUUAGCAACUUGGCAAGUGCUUUACUUAAGAAGAUACUUCAAGGCGAAAAAACUGAUUGAAUAAUUUUUUAUUUUUAGCUGAAUAAAAGUUAUUUUUUGUUUAAAA